AUGAAAUCUGCAAAUUCAAAUUUGCCCAAUUCUAUUCAACCUGAUUAAAAUGAAAUCAAUGAAUACAUUAAAGAGUAUCUUAGAUAUUCAUCUUUUACAAACACUCUUGAAUGUUUUGAAGCAGAAAUAAAGAGCAAAUAAGUUUCCAAUAAAAUGCUGAAUAAAUAAUAAUAAUCUAAAUAAAUAGGAGAUGAAGCCCCAAGACUAUUUCAGUUAUUUAAGAGUGACAAUACAAAAACUAAAAGAGAAAUCAAUUUAGAAAAGGAGUAAAAAGCCUUUAAUAAAAAAUAUUAAUAAAUCCUGCAGGCUGGGAGACAAAUCUUCUCUGUGAGUAUCAAUCUACUCUAAUUAUUGCAUUCUCUCAAAGAAACAGCCAAGAAUGAGAACUUGAGUGAAACCUUAGAAAAUUAUAAAAUUUAAUUGGGGAAGUAUCAUAAAGUGAUCAUCAAUGAAGGUAAGCCAGAAGGAACAGAAUUGAUUACUGAAUAAGUUAUGCAUGAACACAAGACGAAACUAUUUAAAAACUUUCAAGAUAAACAUGUGGAUGGAAUGAUUGAGGUUUUGCUGUCUCUAAGAGUCAAUGCACUGCAGAUAGCACCUGAAUUGAGAAAGAACCUAGUUUAUGAGUUAAUUAGAAAUGAUGUAUUCAAUAUUGAAGCAACAGAGAAAUUUGAUUUUGUUGUUCAUUUAUUGGAUAUCAAUAAUUAGAGUCUGAGACACGCCAUUACUAGUUUGAUUAGUGUCAUCAGCAGUACUUUGAGAGGAGUGGAAUACCUAACAUAUAAUGGGAAUAUGAUCAUUAUUGAGAAAAUCAUUAAAAUUUUGAAGGAAUAAGAAAAUGGUUCUGUUACUUAAAGAUUUUGUUUGGCAAUUCUCUAAAAAGCUAGUAUUAAAGAUACUGUAAUACCAACCUAUGUUCAUAAUGAAAUCAUCUAAUGGAUCAUAUUAUUAAUUCAAAAAUCAAUAAAUACAAAAAUUCAUAUAUUUUGUCUUGAUUUUGCAUCUGCUACAUUAGCAAAUGUAAUUCACACUCCAUACACAUUGCAAUAUCUUGAGAAAUAAGGGAAAUUUGCUCAUUAGGUUAUGGAAUAACUCUUAAAGUUCAUGAAAGAAUAGAUUUAAGUAAGUGUGUUGAUGCAUGUUUUAAUUUGUCUAUCAUAUUUGAGUAAGGAGAACUUUGCCAAACAAAUGGAAGAAUGUAGGUUUGUGGAGAGAAUCAGCGAAUUCGUUGAAUAUUACAGUGUAAUAAAUACAGAGAAUGAAGCAGCUGAGAUAGACAAAAAAACAGUAUUGGAUUUGUGUGCUCAUAUGUUUCAUCCUAAAGAUACAUCUCUGGAUAAUUCAGAGACAGUUGAAUUGAAUGAAUUAAAAACUGAGGAUAGAAUUAGAGAAUAUGAAAAUGAAUAAGGAGAACUGAUAUUUGAAUGUUUUUAGGAUGAAGUGAGUUGA